UCUCUCUCUCCCAUGUCAACAAAACCUGAUUCACUCAGUACCAAAUUGAGUUUUUAAUUAAUUAAAUUCCUUUGCUUUGCUUUCAUCUUUCAAAAUGAACGGCAGUUCUAGCGAAAGCAAGACAAGGGACAUGGACGGGCAGCUGGCGGGGCUGGGCUACAAAGUUCGCUCAUCGGAGCUCUGUCAAGUGGCUGAGAAUAUGGAACGUUUAGAGAACGCCAUCAACACUGUCAACUCAUCCAGGGACAUUUCUCAAGUAGUCUCCGACGCACUCCUCUACGAUCCUUCCAACAUAGGUUUAGGUUCCUGGGUCGACACGCUUCUCUCCGAGCUCGACCAAACCGUCUCGUUGCCCUACGAUCUAUCUUCGGACCUACCCGAUUUGCCCACGGAUCCGAAUCGCCAACUGGGGAUGGUAACCACCGUUGAAGAAGACUCCGGGAUAAGACUCGUUCACACGCUCAUCACGUGUGCGGAUUCCGUGCAACGUGGCGACCUCGCAUUCGCCGGCUCCCUCAUCGAGAGCAUGCAGGCACUGCUGGCUCACGUGAACACCUCCUGCGGCAUCGGUAAGGUCGCCGGCUACUUCAUCGACGCCUUACGCCGCCGAAUCUCGUCUCCGCAAAGCGCAGCGUUUCCAACCUCCCCCUACGAGAACGACGUUCUCUACCACCACUACUACGAGGCCUGCCCCUACCUAAAGUUCGCGCACUUCACUGCGAACCAGGCGAUCCUUGAAGCGUUCAACGGCCACGACUGCGUCCACGUCAUCGAUUUCAACCUGAUGCAGGGGCUCCAGUGGCCGGCUCUCAUACAAGCGCUAGCACUCCGCCCUGGAGGUCCGCCGUCGCUGAGACUGACCGGCGUGGGACCUCCCUCGCCGGACGAGCGAGACACACUGCGCGAGAUCGGCGCGCGGCUGGCGGAGCUGGCGCACUCGGUGAACGUGCGGUUCACGUUCCGCGGAGUGGCAGCGUGGCGGCUGGAGGACGUGAAGCCGUGGAUGCUGCAGGUGAGUCCGAAGGAGGCUGUGGCAGUGAACUCGAUCAUGCAGCUACACCGCGUGCUCGGUUCGGGAAUCGAUACGGUUCUCGGCUGGAUCCGAGGUCUAAACCCAAAGAUCGUGGCGGUUGUGGAGCAGGAAGCGAACCACAACGGGGAAAGUUUUCUGGAGCGGUUCACGGAGGCUCUACACUACUACUCGACCGUCUUCGACUCGCUGGAAGCGUGUUCGGUGGAGCCGGACAAGGGUCUGGCGGAGAUGUACCUGCAGAGGGAGAUUUGCAACGUGGUGUGCUGCGAGGGACCGGCGCGAUUGGAGCGGCACGAGCCGCUGGUGAAAUGGAGGGAACGGCUGGGCAGAGCCGGAUUCAGGCCCUUGCAUUUGGGUUCGAACGCUUACAAACAAGCGAGCAUGCUGUUGACUCUGUUCUCAGCCGAGGGUUACUGCGUGGAAGAGAAUCAAGGGUGUUUGACUCUGGGUUGGCAUAGCCGGCCCCUGAUUGCGGCUUCGGCUUGGCAAGCCGCGCCCCUAAGAGAGGGUGAAACGGUGCGUUUCCAGCGCUGAUGAUGAGGAGAGGAGGAUGUAACAGAAAAGAGUUGUUUAUUUAUUUAUUCUAGUUACUACUACUAAACACAAAAGAGUGGUGAAAAUAAUGUAUAUUUUUGUAUUUUUCUUUCAUUUUCCCACACACGUGACUUUCUCUUUUUCUUCAAAUUCAUUUUCUGUC